UAUUAUCUCUGUAAGAUAGAACUAUUGGCUUUGUUUGGUCGUCGAGAAAAUUUUGAAAAAUCAUGAGAGUCCCGGAAACAGACCCCUUGGCUCAAUUGAGCUUGCCCCCAGGGUUUCGGUUUUAUCCAACUGAUGAAGAGCUUCUAGUGCAAUAUUUAUGCAGGAAGGUUGCAGGCCACCAUUUUUCACUGCAAAUCAUUGGGGAAAUUGAUUUGUACAAAUUUGAUCCAUGGGUUUUACCAGGUAAAGCUUUGUUUGGUGAAAAAGAAUGGUACUUUUUCAGUCCCAGAGACAGGAAAUACCCAAACGGGUCACGACCCAACAGAGUUGCCGGGUCGGGGUACUGGAAAGCUACCGGAACUGAUAAAAUUAUCACAAGUGAAGGUCGUAGAGUUGGUAUAAAGAAAGCUCUGGUCUUUUACGUUGGUAAAGCUCCCAAAGGAACUAAAACAAAUUGGAUCUUGCAUGAGUAUAGACUCGUUGAAAGUUAUCGUAAAAAUGGCAGCUCCAGGUUGGAUGAUUGGGUUUUAUGUCGAAUAUACAAGAAGAAUUCGAGUGGACAAAAAUCGUUUUCUAGUGUUUCAAGCAAAGAGCAAAGCACAAAUGGGUCGUCGCCGUCGUGUUCUUCCCAGCUCGACGACAUGCUCGAGUCAUUUCCCGAGUUGGACGACCGUUUCUUCGCUUUGCCGCGGAUGAACUCAUUGAAGACGCUUCAAAAUGAUGAGAAAACCGGGUUUCAGAACAUGGGCAUUGGGGGUUUGGAUUGGGCGAAUCUCGGUGGGCAUAACUCCGUGCCCGAGUUGAUACACAGUGGACAGACUCAAACUCAGAGUCAGGGGUUUCCGAGUUAUGGGAACAAUAACGUGUAUGUCCCCACAAUGCCGCAGAUGGAUAUGUAGACGAAUAAGGUGUGGAACUCGGUGGAAGAGGAAGUACAUAGUGGACUCAGCGAGUUGAUUAACUCGGGGAUUUUUCAACAGAGCUACAAUGUGUUGAACAGUUACAAUUUCUCUAACUCAAUGGACCCGUACGGGUUCCGGUACCCGACUCAGACGGGUGGAUUUGGAAUUAGGCAAUAAGUCUAUUAGGAAAAGAAAAUAGAUAAGCAAUAGGUAGGACAGGAAAGGAAUUUCGAAAAUUUGUGU